GCACAUUCACAAGUAAGAUCUCUUCGUUAGCAAUGGAUCAACUGGUGAAACUAAACUAUUUCCAUGAUUCUCAGUGGACCAAGACGCAGAGGCCUUACAUCGCCCUCCCAGGACUUCUAAAGACGAUCCAUUAUGCCAAUUUUGACUAUGUUACGGGACCUGAGCAGCUGAUCAAAGACGUGCGUGGAUGUACAGAGACAUUAAUGCUACAUGAGCAAGGCUUCACUUUCUUGCCUUGGUCUCCCUCCGACAUUGAUUGGACUGAUGAGGCUGAUAUUGAGAACCGCUAUCUUCCUCAAGUGAAGGACCUGCUCCAGAAGGAGCUUAAUAUCGGCAAAUCUCUCAAGAGAUGUGAGGUGUUUGAUUGGAGGCUUCGAAAGGCAGACUCUCAAGAGGUGAUGCGCCAGGUAUGUGACGGUAGAAUGAUCAAAAUAAAGCCAGCCGACAUCGUGCAUAUAGACCAAAGCCCCGCUGGUGCCCUUGACCGACUGCGUCUGCAUCUGCCCCAGCAGGAGGUGGACGAGCUCCUAAAAAAAUACAGAGUCCGGAUUUUCAACGUCUGGAGGCCCAUCAGCGACGUUGUUGAGGACUGGCCGCUUGCAAUAUGCGACGCCCGCACGGUAACUACGGGCGAUCUCGUCGAGCUCGAGUUUGUCACCGACGAGCUUGUGAAGUUAAGUUACUUGGCACGAUGGAAUGAAAAGUAUCGCUUCUACUAUCUCAGCGAGAUGACGAAUCGGGAUGCUUGCAUCUUCAAGAUAUUUGACUCCGCUUCGUUUGAGAAUCGAAAGGAUGCAAGCGCGACGUUGGGCUGCCCGCAUACGGCAUUCAGGCUUCCAGCUACUUCAGAGACAGAUACGCGACCUCGGGAGAGUGUCGAAGUGAGGCUCUUUGUGUUUUCCACGGAUUAAAUGGCGCAUAUGCAAAGCAGUGGGUUACUGUGUAAGAGCUAGAUAUAAGGAACAGGAGAGAAAUUGGAUCAACACUCAUGCUGUUAAUUGUGGCACACAUCUCAAGUGCCUUUGCGUUUUUUCUCUGUUACAGCAGUGUCAAUACAUCCCAGAUAUAUGCACAUGUACCUGGCCAUGAAUCAACGAGUUAUUCCGUCAUUUUCCCCACCAUCUAGCAGUCUGUAGCAUGAAAGACGAAGUUAG